UUUUUUUUUUUUUUUUGGUUUCGGUGCUUUGCUCUUCUUUGUCGUCUGUGUUGGUAUCCCAAGUGUGGGCUUUAAAUAACUGCAUCGAUCUGCAGGUAUCUAAAUCUCUCCAUGCGCAAUUCAUUCCCUUGAAGAAGAACUCUCUCCGUCUCUGGAUCUUCCCACGGCGGCGGCGACGGAGAGGACGGCGGCGGCGGCGGCGGCGGCGGCGGUCCACCAUCAAUCGGAAAUGUCACUCGAAAUGGCCUCCGAGCGCGUUUGCUACGUUCACUGCAACUUCUGCAACACCAUCUUGGCGGUGAGUGUUCCAAGCAGCAGUUUAUACACAAUAGUAACCGUGAGGUGUGGGCAUUGUGGCAAUCUGCUCUCUGUCAACAUGGCUGGUUCUCUUCAGUCUGUCCCUCUUCCAGACAACCUCCAGCCGCUUAGCUCGGAAAACAUGGCAAGGGGAAGUGGCUCGUCUUCUUCCUCCAAACCCAACAACAACACCAGCAACAAGUUCUCUUCCUUGGAACCCAUAGAGCACGAGCCGCCUCGGGUGACUCCCAUUCGCCCACCAGAGAAAAGGCAACGAGUUCCUUCUGCAUAUAACAGGUUCAUUAAGGAAGAAAUCCAAAGGAUUAAAGCCAGUAAUCCUGAAAUAAGCCACAGGGAAGCCUUUAGUACAGCUGCCAAAAAUUGGGCACAUUUUCCUCACAUUCACUUUGGGCUAAAGUUGGAUGGGAACAAGCAAGGGAAGGUGGACCAAGCAAUUGCAGGAGAUCAUCAAGGAACUCACAAAUCCCAUGGAUUCUAUUAAAGAAUAGUAAAGAUGAAUUCUAAUUCGUGUCUACGAGAGAGCUUGUUUUAAUUUCUUGAUUUGUCAUUUCAAGAAGUCAAUGAGGGCUUGAUAAGAGCAAGAAGACACCGCCUCAAUUAAAACCCUCAAUGAUAUCAUCAUCCUGUAUAAUUUGCAUUAUGUUGCCCUCUCAUCUUUUUCAAGGUCUUGCUCAUGAAUAUGUGUAUCAAUUCUUGUAAUUUAUUUCGAAAAAGAAACACGGUAUUUAUGUAUUUCGUUUGGCACAUAGUACAAUAAUGUGCAUUUUUUCUGUCUCGCA